AUGUUCAGCUGGCUGGGCGGCGACGAGCGUCGGCGCAAGGACCCCGAGGUCUUCCAGACGGUGAGCGAGGGGCUGCGGAAGCUCUACCGGGCCAAGCUGCUGCCGCUGGAGGAGCACUACAGGUUCCACGAGUUCCACUCGCCCGCCCUGGAGGACGCCGACUUCGACAACAAGCCCAUGGUGCUCCUGGUCGGCCAGUACUCCACCGGCAAGACCACCUUCAUCCGGUACCUCCUGGAGCAGGAUUUUCCCGGGAUGCGGAUCGGACCCGAGCCCACCACGGACUCCUUCAUUGCCGUCAUGCAAGGCCAGGUGGAAGGCAUCAUCCCGGGCAACGCCCUGGUGGUCGAUCCCAAGAAGCCCUUUCGGAAGCUCAACGCCUUCGGGAAUGCCUUCCUGAACAGAUUUGUGUGUGCCCAGCUGCCCAACCCUGUCCUGGAAAGCAUAAGUGUGAUUGACACCCCAGGAAUCCUCUCCGGAGAGAAACAGCGGAUUAGCCGAGACUCCCCAAUCAGGUCUAGCUACUUGUUGCUUGAUUUCAAAUUCCGAGAGUCCUCGGUUUACGUUCAAGCCUACAUCAUCAGCUCCCUGAAGAAAGAAAUGCCCUCGGUCUUCGGGAAAGAUAACAAAAAGAAAGAAUUGGUGAACAAUCUGGGCGAGAUUUACGGCCGGAUCGAGCGAGAGCAUCAAAUUUCACCGGGCGAUUUUCCCAAUUUAAAGAAAAUGCAGGAGCAGCUCCAGGGCCAAGACUUCAGCAAGUUCCAACCUCUGAAGACCAAGCUGUUGGACGCUGUGGAGGACAUGUUGGCCAACGACAUUGCCCAGCUGAUGGUCCUGGUCCGCCAGGAGGAGGCCCAGCGGCCGGCCCAGAUGGUUAAAGGCGGCGCCUUUGAAGGCACCCUCCACGGCCCCUUCGGACACGGCUACGGCGAGGGCGCCGGCGAGGGCAUCGACGACGCCGACUGGGUGGUGGCCCGGGACAAGCCCAUGUACGACGAGAUCUUCUACACCUUGUCCCCCGUGGACGGGAAGAUCACCGGGGCCCACGCCAAGAAGGAGAUGGUGAGGUCCAAGCUUCCCAACACCGUGCUGGGAAAGAUCUGGAAGCUGUCCGACAUCGACAAGGACGGCAUGCUGGAUGACGAGGAGUUUGCCUUGGCCAACCACCUCAUCAAGGUCAAGUUGGAAGGUCACGAGCUUCCCGGCGAGCUGCCGGCUCAUCUGAUCCCGCCGUCCAAACGGAAACUGACGGAGUGA